CCUAUCCCUGCUGAAGCCCUUUUCCUCUCUGCCUUUCCCACCCUCUCCACCUCCUCCUCCCUACCUGGCUCCUUCCUUGUCUCUGUCCUCUUCUGCGUCCUUGCUGGCCCCACCCUGGCUCCUUCCCCCAGCGAGCGGCUCGCUUUCCUUUCCAGGCUUGCGCUCUGCAGCCGCGGGAGCCGGCAGCGCGGAGUCGGAGGAACUGGUGCUGAGGCAGCGGUUCGCGCGGGAUCCGGACUCAAGGACCCAAGCCCGCGCAGAGCUGGGACAGGGGGCGCGCUCGCCCGCCGGGCGCCCUCCUGCCCGCGAUGGGCUGCUCCAGCAGCGCCCUCAACAAGGCCGGCGAUGGCAGCAGGCCCCGCACCGAAGAAAGUGAGUCCUGCUUUGUCCAACCAAAACCACGUACACUGGGAAGAGAAUCUACAUUAUAUGGCAAGGUACAAAAGGAAAGCCUUCCUCGACUAGAAAAGCCCAAGAUUUCAGCCGUGUCUACAGCUAAUGGUGUUAAAUCCCUCCAUGAACAGCCCCUGACAAAGGAUGCUGCAGACCCACCAGGAUCCACAGAGGAAACUCAGCCUCUUAAGGGACUGAAGGAGUCUGGGUCACCUCAGCCAGGUGGCAAAGAUGAUACUCCAGGAGCAGGAGAAAAGAAGGACGUGGAAGCAGUGACAGAGGCUCAGCCUUUUAAAGGAAACGCUGAGACCGAACCUUUAGGAGCAGAAGCCAAGAGUCAGCCUUUGAGGACAGCGGGAGAGAGGGACUCUCCUGGAACAGUGGAAGGUACUGAGAAUCCACAAGCUGCCGGAGAGAUGACACCUCGAGGAACAGCUGAGAAAAUUCCAUCUCUGGAAGCAGCUAGAGAGCCACAAUCUCAAGAAGCUCUGGAGACGGAUGAACAGUCCCAACACCCAGAAACAGUUUCCAAGGAGAUGGAAUCUCCAGAAAUAUUGGAAGGAAGUCAGCUUGUGGAAACAGCUGAAAAGCAUCAACUUCAAGAAACAUUGGGAGAAGAUGAGCAGUCCCAACUUCUAGAGAUGAUUCCCAGAGAGAAUGGAACACCAGAAGUAUCAGACAGAAGUCAGCUUAUGGAAACAGCUGUCAAGGAUGAUUCGCUCCAUAAAACUCCUGAAGGUCCAGGAGACAUGGAGCAGAUCCAACCUGAAGGAAUAGUUGGAAACAUGGAACAUCCGGCAGGAAUUCUAGAGACAGGGGCAAAUGUGGAAACGGUCAGGAAAAUUCAUGCUAACGAAGAGGACCAACACGUUGAAGGUGAAACAGGAGAAGAGGUUGAAACAGAGAUGGAGAAUGAGAAAGUAAGUGAAGGGGCUGAAACAAAAGAAGAAGAAACAGGAGAAGCUGUGGGUCUUUCAGCAGCCACGUAGAUAGGUAUGGUGAUGGAAGGGUGAACCGACACAGCGUAUUAUAACAGAGAAGACAGAAAGCGGCAGUGAAGUUUGUGGUUACAGAUCUUAUCUUUCAACAUCUACAUCUUUUAUACAAGGAGUGUGGUUAUCAUGUUCUUGAUUACAUUGUUCCAUAAAACUGCUAAGCUGUGAACAGUUUUUCUAGCUACUUACAAUUCAAAACUACAAAAAAAAAAAAAAAAGGAAAGCAAAGAAAAAGAAAACUACAAUACCCAGAGCCAAUACCAACUAGGGUAUAUGUUCGUUUAAGAGUGUGAGGGUGUUUUCUUCACUGUGGCAAUGGGUCCAUUCAGUGUAGAAAAUGAGACCCUAAAAGAAAGUAUAAACCUUUAAGUAUAGGUGGCUGGAGAAAGGAGUUAGCAGAGUUUAGGGAGCUCAUGAUAAUAAAGUCAUACAGUUGGAAUUAGGAUGGAGUAAGAAUGAUCAACAAUAACCGGGCAAACUAUACCUAGUAUUUCUUUCCUAUCACAGAAUUUAGAGCUGGUGGGAACCUGGGAAAGUAUGUCAUCUAAUUACCUUCUCACCUUAAGUCUAUCUACUACCAUACAUCCUUAUUGAUCAUGGUGUAUUAAAUAUGGUAACAAAAUUCUUCUUAAAGGAAUGCAGACUCUGGUGCUGUUAUAAGAUUAGGUAUUUUCACAAUGAAAGGUUACACAUGUUUUAUGUGCCAUUUUGAAUCGUCUAGUGAUUUUAUACUUAUGUGAGGUGUUUCAAUUGGUGUUAUCCUUUUGACUGACAUUAAAGGUAUUUUAAAUUAACUGACUUUUAAAUGUAUUUCAGAGGCAACAAACAGCAAGAAUUAAAACCUAGAUUUGUUGCCUAUGUGGAGUCUAUUCCUUGGGCCCUAUUUUUUUUUUUUUUAAGAUUACUCUGAUUUAAUAUUAGGCUUUAGAUGUGGAAAACAGCUGAAAAAUCAAGAUUUAAAAACCAUUUAUAAUAUUUCAUUCGUGUUAAAAUGAUACACCAUAGAAAGUCACUUUUCAAGUAUUCCUCCAAAGUUGCCAAGGGAUUUUGGUAAAUGAUGAUAUGUGAAUAAUAAUAAUGAUAGCAAUCUUGCCCACCAAUGAGUGCCUUGUGUUUAUGAAUAUCAGGAUAGAAUUAUAUUCUGGAAACAUUUUGUAUUUUAUCUUAUUUGUAAAUAUAUAGUUUAAAGAUAACUGCUCAGAUGAAUUAACUAGACUCUUUUACUUUAGCUUCUGUAUUAAACUGACUAUUAAGAUGAUGUAAUUAAUUUUAAGAAUAUAGGAUAGAGGGAAGAAUUAUCAUCCUUACUCUGAUUUUAAUGUUUGUUUCUGACUUUAAAGAGUUGAGGUAGCUAACAAGAGGAGUUACUUGAGUAGAUGACUUCAUCCUUCCUGCAAAGUAAAGAAGCUGGAUUGUGAUUUUAUUGAGAACAAGGGUUGUUUUAUGUGUCUUUGAAUUCAUGCAUUUAACUCUUUUAAUGGGACACGAUAGGUGCUUGAUAAGUAUUUGUCAAAUCAAUAAAUGAAUAAUAAAUACCAAGUGUUCCCAUUUACACUUAAUUCAUUAAAAAAGAAUGUAGAAUUCUUUAUAUAUUGAAUUUGAAAUAUGAAUUUGUGUGACACUAACGUUUUCAUUCCAAAGCUGCUCAAGCUUAGUAAGACUAUAUAUUUGGUGUAGUUCCAAAAAUAGUAGUAAUUUGGGGUCAGGAAGUUACAUAACUCAGAACUGAUACAACAUCUUUCAAGCUACGUUUUGUAACCCAAAGGUGUUUUUCCUGACCCAAAGGUAUUUUUAUAUAGAUAUCUAGUAAAUAGAAAAUGUCAGAGCUUAGUGUAAAAUAUGAUCACCUUAAAAAGUGAUUGUACUUUGUAUCAAGUACUGAAAUAGUAGGAUUCAUUUAUUUAAUAGGCAUAAAGGUCCAUUCUCCAUUGUGUGGAUUUUUUAAAAAAUCUCUAACAUAUGUUAAAGAGAUCUCUAUUCAGAGCUCAUUCUUGAAAGAAGUCUUUCUCAAAAGCAUUAUUACAUAGUUGUAAUGUAAAAGUUUUCAAAUUACUUAUUAAUACCAUUAUUUUCCAUAAUAACUAAAAUCAUUUAUUCUCAGAAAAAUUUGGAAAUUUGUAUAAGUUUCUGAUACUUUCUAUACUUUUGUCUUUGGCCUUUAAUAUGGUUACUAAGACAUUUUUAGAAAUUAUUAUUUUAGAUAAUAUUAAUAACUUUGUAAUUCAAAACCUAUAAAGAAAAUUGAAAUGUUCCAUAAUAUUUGAAUAUUCCAAAAUUAAAACGUUUCAUCUAAAUAACCUGCUAAUUUAUUUUUUUAAACAAAAUUAAAGUAAUAAGUGCCUGUAGUAAAACUCAAACAAUAAAGAAAGGUAUAAAAUGGGAAGUAAAGUUGUUCCUCCCAUACCCUUUAGUCCUUCUAUGAAAAGAUGAUAAAGCUUCUUGUGUUUACUUCCAUAAGAAGGUAAUGUAGGGACUUCCCUGGUGGUCCAGUGGUUAAGACUCCACGCUCCCAAUGCAGGGGGCCUGGGUUCGAUCCCUGGUCAGAGAAGUAGAUCCCACAUGCAUGCCGCAACUGAGAGUCCACCUGCCACAACUAAGAGCCCGCAUGCCUCAGCUAAAAGAGCCCGCAUGCUGCAACUAAGACCCGGCACAGCCAAAUAAAUAAAUUUUUAAAAAGGGUAAUGUAUAAGCCAGGCUAUAUGGAUAUGCUAAAACAGAAGUGUAUGAUUACACAUCCACAUUUUAAAACACAAAUGACUGGCUUCCUUGGUGGUGUAGUUGUUAAGAAUCUGCCUGCCAAUGCAGGGGACACGGGUUCGAGCCCUGGUCUAGGAAGAUCCCACAUGCCGCGGAGCAGCUAAGCCCAUGCACCACAACUACUGAAGCCCACGUGCCACAACUGCUGAAGCCUGCGCGCCUAGAGCCCAUGCUCCACAACAAGAGAAGCCACCACAAUGAGAAACCUACACACUGCAACGACGAGUAACCCCUGCUGGCCGCAACUAGAGAAAACUCCCGCUCAGCAACAAGACCCAGCGCAGCCAUAAAUAAAUAAGUUAAUUUUAAAAAAACCCACGAAUCACUAUUUUGUCCUUACAUUGUGAAAAAGUGCAUGUAAAACCACGAAUCCAUCCUUUCCUUUGCUAGAAUUUUUUUCUUUUGCCUAAAACUGGUAUAUAGACUUAGCAUAGCAAAGUGCAUUCUAAGUCCCCAGACUCUGAGAGGAGUUUAUCAAUUUUGCUUUCAGAUUCAAAAUGCACAAGUUGGAUAAGUCUUGAGCUAUUUAUAAUGAAUUAACAGAAAAACUACCAUCAGGGCUGGAUUUUCCACUGGAUUUUCUAAUUCCAGUGGCCAUACAACCACUUUGUAACCCAGUUUUGUGAUCUAUUAAGAUGAUUGCAGAAUUCUCUGUAUCUAGCUGGGAAGGAAAUGGUGAACAAACGAUUCGCCAGCUGGCAUCCCCAUUAGGGAGUGAACGUUGGCGUUUAAUGACAGAGGAUGCCAGUUGCAAAUCUAGGAAAUUCCCAAUCCAGACUCCAAAACUCUUGGCCAGAUGUGCUCUGUACCAUCUCCUGAUACCAAGCAGGGCCCUGUGGGGCUCCUGGGCACAAAGCCUUUCUGUGUCCCCCAUUUCUUUGAUUACAGGAAACAGCCUUCAUUCAGCCUCCAUGACCUUCCCUGAGUUCCAAUGGGCAGAUUCAAGCAGUUGUUAAUUAGGGAAGGGAGGGGAUGCGAGACCAGGGAGAAACAAACAGUCAAGAGCAGCCUUGGGGCAAGGCUCUAUUUCCCCAUCAACGGAUGCACACAACAAUAUCUUUGAGCUAUUUUGCAGAUACUGAAACCCCCUCCAGGUGAGAGAAGUUAACGAUUAACGAUGAUAUGCUGCCCACAAGCAUGUAGACCCCAGACCAGUUGGACCUGAAGGUUGAUGAUGCCGACUCCUACUUACCUCACCACCAACCCAUCAGAAGAAUGUCCAUGAGCUGAUCACGCCGUAUUUGAACAAUUACUAUAAAACUUCUAUCUUCUCCAAGUGAGGACACACAGGUUUUUGAGGCAGGAGCCUGCUGUGUUCCCCCUUUGCCUGGCAAAGUAAUAAAGCUAUCCUUUUCUACUUCACUCAAAACUCUGUCUCCAAGAUUUGAUUCGGCACUGGUGUACAGAGAGGCUGAGCUUUCUGCAUCACUCCUGGGGGACCCACAGGAUAGGAGUGUGUGGCCAACAUGUGACCUCAUUGCUUUUUCCAUUUAAACUUUGCAGUAAGAGUCCUAGCAUAGCUAAUAGCCUUUGAGCAGUCGAAACACCCACGUCAUUAUUUAAAAAAAAAAUUUUUUUUGGCCAUGCGGCACGGCUUGUGGGAUCUUAGUUCCCUGACUAGGGAUCGAACCCAGGCCCUCAGCAGUGAAAACACAGAGUUCUAACCACUGGACCACCAGAGAAUUACCCAUCAUCAUUCUUAACAAAUGCUUUAUUCCACACUUGGCCUUGAGUUAAAAAUGGCUUUUAAAGGAAAAUAUUUCUUUUCCACAUUGAAGUAAUCAAAGAGUGUUGGGUGGUCAUAGUCAAAUAAUCUGUGCUCUUCUGGUAAAUACAAUAGCUUCUUAGAUCAUCUAACAUUACAAGCAUCUCAUUUUUAUAAAGCUAAUCUGGUGACCCAAUUCUGAAUUGUUUCACAAAAGUCAGCAAUGUGAACAUCAUAAAGCCAUUCAUGUAGCCCAGUACAUCUGUUGGGUGAAAGGAGAAUGAUCCUCUAAUAGCAAGGCAUGGCUGUGUCUGAAAAGUUGAAAGCAUUUGCUCACAAAGUAUCAUUUAAUCUAAAACUUUGUCAGCUCCUCUUGUCCCCAGAGCUUAUAAAGUUAACGAGUGAGAUUGGUUGUAAUCUCAAGGUUUUGUUUUGUUUUGUUUUGUUUUUUUUCAAGGUUUUAAUUGCAGAAUCAGUGUAAUCUCAGAGAACUGUUGACAGGUGUGGAAUUUCUCUUUUCAGUUCUUGUUACUUUCAGCAAAAGUUAAGGAAUUCCCUGUCAGUGUUAACCCAUAUGGAGUCAAACUGGAGACCUUCAGCUUUACUUCAGAAAUACCACCCAGCAAAUGUAUUGGGCAAUAGUUGAGAUAUUGCAAGCUAACAACCAUUAUUGUUACUUCUGCACCUAAUGAAAGAAGUCUCCAGACAUCAGCCAGGCUUUAAUAACUUUUGAAGGUCGAAGAGGGGCCAGUCUGUAUUAUGUUAAUCUAAAUUACCCUUUCUGUUUAAUAAUGUGCAACUGAUGUGAAUAAACAUGUAACUCUAUCCACUAUUGGGACAGAGAUCUGCAAGCCUCACCAGUUUCCAGAAAAAGAGUUCUGAGAAACCAGUUAGGGACAAUAAUUUUGGUUUGAAAUCUGCCUCAUUUUUUUUUCCUUGUAAAAUAUAGGUAGUUCUCAAAUUUUUCUUAACAAAAUAAAAGUAACUGUAGCAAAACAUAAUUCAUGCUAUCAUAUAAAUUGAUGAAAAAAGUAAUGCAUAUUAUACUGAAUCAAUUUAUGUGACCCUGACUCCAAAUACUUAAAAAAAAUAUAUUCAGUGAUAAAGAGAAGAGGCUCUCCACAGCAGCUGUACUGUUGUAGAGGGGCUUUGGGCUGGGAGGGAGUUUCAGCCCCAGCACCUCACUAGGAAGACACAAGGCCCAAAGGUGAACUCAUAGCAGUCCACUGUGAAAACAAAUGAAAAGUUUAUUUCAGCUAGUGGUUAUUUAGUAGAUCAGUAUGGAUUUGCUUCAAGUUUUCUGGAUAUCAGAGCUUUGUUAAAAAGUGUUUUUUUUUUUUUUUUGGUAAAAACACUGCUUCUAAGUACUUGUAUAUGACACAGUGAUUAUUUAGGUAAUAAUUGCAAGGAAGAACUCCUUUACUAUUAAAAUAAUAAUUUUUUCUUAGUAAAAAAUGAAUACAUGUUCAUGGUAGAAACUUCAGAAAAUAUAAACUUUAAAAAGAGGAAAUCUAACAUUACACAUAAUACAAUCAGUCAAAAAUCAUGUUGAUGCGUCUGAGGGAUUAUUAUUUUUUUAGUGUUGCAAUAGCAAGUUAGCCAAAGCACAACUAUUAAUAGAACUUUAUGUCUGUUGAACUGCUGAGCAUAGCACUUCUGGAUUUUCCUCACUGGAAUCUAUUGGAGAUAGCAGGUUAGAGAGAAUGUUCCAAUAAUCCUUGCUAUAUUAGUAAAUAUUGAUGAGUGUUAUAAAGAGAGCAACUAUGCCCAAGUAUAUUAGCACUUAGCUGACCACAAUUUAUGAUAACUAAUUUUUUGAUAUCUUAGGAAAAAACACAAACUAAAAAUUUUAUUUGAAGUUAUUGUUAAUGCUUUCUAAUUGUUGACCAAAUGUUAGUGAAAAGAUUGUAAGCUCUUUAGAGAGCAGGAAAAGUGUCCUACAGGGCCUAGUACAAAUUUUGCACUCUAACUGCUUGUUGAUGACAAAUGCUCUUUAUUCUUAUAUAAUCAUGAUAAUUUCCUCAGAACUGAAUAUAAUUGGCUAUAGGGAAAAUAUGGCCAAAAUAUUUAUAAAAUUAUUUUGUACUGCU